AUGUCAUCUGAAGAAGAAAAGAUUGUUCCUACUGAAGAGGAGCUCAUUUCAGCCAUUCAACAAAUCAAGCUCGAAUCACCCGAGGCAGGCAUUAAAAAAGUCACCACUGGUGUCUUGUCACAACACCCUACAUGGCAAGUGAGCGAGAAACGAGUGAAAAAAUACAUGCAGUUAAAGGGUCUUACGAAUAAAGUAGCAGUUGAAAAGUCAGGUGUUGCUGAUGACCCAUCUGUACCUGUUUCUUAUAUUGACCCUACACUCGACUUUAAAGCUGUUUCUGAAAAUAUUGUCGCUCGUAUGAUUGAUCCUAUUAUUGGUAAAGGUCUCUUUGCUACUCGAGACAUCAAGAAGGAUGAGAUCAUCUUUUCAGAGACUCCAUUUAGUUUCUUCCCUAAUUGGCAAAUGUUCAAGUUAGCAAGAUCAGGAUCUGCUUGUGGUCUCUGUUGUAAACCUAUAUUAUAUGCUAAUCGACUCACACAGCAUUGUGGACACUGUAACAUGUACUAUUGUAGCCGUGAAUGUCGUUCUGUUGCUUGGGAGAAAUUUCAUCAAUUGGAAUGCACUCAUCUCAACACAAAGGUGCGUGAUUUAAUUGAUUUUUGUGAGGCAGAGAAUUGGCAAGGUGCGAUGGCAGUCUCUCGUAUGUACGCUCAGAUGAUCUUGGCUUAUCAACGUGGAGAACUUGACCAAGUGAUGGCCCAUUUGGAUGCCUUUGCUACCGUCAGUCAAGAGGAAAGACAAGCAAAGGAAACUGAAUGGAUCUUUAUGGAACAACCUACACGUGAAUUAUGGACGAAAACGAGAGAACUCAUAAGGGCAGCCUAUCAAGAUCCACCUAAACGAUGCAAGAUUACAAAGCCCUUACCAGCAUUACUUGCUAAAAGGCUCUUUGAUGACGAGGAGACGUUUUUGAAUUAUUUGGGUAAAUUUAAUAUCAACAAUCAAAACGGUGGGAUGUAUUUGAUUCAUUCACAUAUCAAUCAUAACUGCUAUCCAAACGUCAGUAUCGAUCAUCCUUAUCGUCAAUCAGAUUAUAAGAUUGCAGUAAGAGCUAUUCGAGAUAUCAAGGAAGGCGAACAACUCUUUGAAACUUAUGUGAAUCCUCGUUGGAACAAGGAAACUAGACAAACUUAUUUAGACAAAUCAUAUCUCUUUACCUGUCACUGUGAGCGAUGUGAAAAGGACUUGCCCCUAACAGAUGAAUUAAGAAAGGGCUUAAGAUUAAGAGACGAAUAA